CCCUCCUAUUUUAUUCACACGAUUACGCGUUUUGCACACGCUCGCACACACACCCUUUCUUCCUUAACAACCCCCUGAAAUUCCUUCCAUACAAUAUAACAAUGGCGGACCUUCACCAACAUAACAACAAUAUUCACCAUCGCCAACAUGUUCCACUAUCCAUUUCCCACCAAAACAAUCAUUUGCCCCACAUGUUCCAUCAAUCGCAUUCGCAUUCUGCAUCAGAUUUGGGCCUAGGGUUUCUUCCUCAAUAUUCCCAUAACCCUAGUUGCAACGAUGAUGCUAAUCUAGGGUUUAUUGUCGCUGAUUCCGGUACCCGAUUUGAAUCCGAUGAUGAUGGAUAUUGCGAUGAAGAAGCAAGUUUCCACCUUGGUUGGGAUGCUUUUCAUCUUGAAGAUGAAAUCACAAACCCUAACCUUAACCCUAACCCCAAUUCAAUUUCAAAUGCAAAUGCAAAUGCAUAUGUGAAUGAGGAUUUUGAGUGGGAGGAAGUGGAUGAUCAAAUCGACGACGAAAGGGAAGCUUUGAGUAUGUUUUUCGGUUUAGAACCCGACGAUGAUGCAUCCGUUUCACCCGUACUCCUAAUCGGGUUCGCAGAAGUCGCAGAACAACCGAGAGACCAACACGAUGCUUUGGAGUGGCAAGUUUUAUCAAAUGUGCAAACUUUCGAACCGAAUUUGGAUUCGGACGAUCAAGAACAUGAUCAGUACGACGAGUAUAAUUACACAGAAUACGAAAUGUUUUUCGGGCAGUUUGCAGACAGUGAUGUAGUACCGUCUUCGGGCAGGCCUCCUGCUUCGAAAACUGCGGUGGUUAGUCUUUCGACUGUGGUUGUGACUCAAGAAGAUGCUGUGAAUGAUAAUGCGCUUUGUGCGGUUUGUAAAGAUGGAAUGGUGGUUGGAGAAAUGGCGACGCAGCUUCCUUGUGGGCAUCGGUAUCAUGGAGAGUGCAUACUGCCGUGGCUGGCUGUUAGGAACACCUGCCCUGUUUGCCGCCAUGAACUGCCGACUGAUGAUCCUGAUUAUGAACGCAGGAAGGCGGAAAGGGGUGGUUAGGUAUGAUGAAAAGAUCAAAGAUUAGAUUUGCUUUUUGAAGUUUUAGAUUGUGGAGUGUAGAUACAGUUUUGAGUUGAUUAGUGUGACAUUCUUGAUGUUUUUGUAUGUGUUUUUUUUGGAAUAAUAUGAUUUGUUAAAAAGAUUACUUUUAAUUCA